ACGCUCAGUACACCCGCAACCGGCGCCGCACGCACGCGUCGCCACAUCUAACAAAUAAACAGAUCAAAUAUUAACUCAUCAACAAAACCGUGAAUAAGUGUCCCACGGAUUUUCAACUGUCAGUCGAACCUAACUUUUUAAAAAGUUUAAUUUUCGCGGGAGUGAGUUUCGGACGCGUUCACGUGGAUGCCGGCGCGGAUUCGAAAUUUGAAUUCGUCAAGGUCCAUUCAAGUUAUUGGCGCGUUUAGUGCCUGCACACUUUCGUUCAGUUAGUGCAUUACAGAUCCACGAUGGUGGUGCGAGUAGCAACAGACGAGCGUCCGUUCGAGACGCCGUCAUCUGACGAGAGCGGACUCGGUCGCGAUUCUCCAAGCGAGGAGUCGGAACCAGAGGCAGCACUGGUGGUCCCACCCGAUGGUGGCUGGGGCUGGGUCAUCGUGUUCGCAUCCUUCAUGUGCAAUGUUGUCGUGGACGGCAUCAUAUUCUGCGGAGGCAUGCUCAACGAUCCCAUCAAGAAAGAAUUUAAUGCUAGUGACGGUCAAGUGGCGCCUGUGCAGUCUCUGUUGGCCGGCUUCUACCUUCUGGCAGGGCCUUUCGUUUCGGCCUUAGCUAACAAGUAUGGCUUUCGAGUGGUCACCAUCAUUGGCAGCAUCAUUAGUAGCAUUGCAUUCGGACUCUCCUACUUCGCGACUAGCGUCGAGUACCUCUACUUAGUCUAUGGCGUCAUUGGGGGUAUCGGUUUCUGCAUGAUUUACAUGCCAGCGGUGCUAACAGUCGGGUUCUACUUCGAACGCUGGCGCGCCCUGGCCACAGGCAUUGCGCUUUGCGGCUCCGGUGUCGGUACUUUUGCGUUCGCGCCGCUCGGUGAAUACCUUCUCAAGUCUUACGGAUGGAGGAUCACCGUUGUUCUAUAUGGAGGAUUCAUUCUCCUAUGCAUUACCUUCGGUGCCCUGUUCAGACCCAUAAAACCGGUGCGAGUAGCGCUGGCAGACCAAUCCGGCGAUGAUGACGUCGCUCGUCGGCACGAGGAGGCCGUCGAAAAGCUCAACUCCAUGCUCAAACUACACAGCAAGCUAGACUCCGGGAUCUCGAUGCCGGCUGAAAUGAGAUUCAGUAACAAAAUUAGUCCACACACGUGGGUUGGAGUCGCAAACAACACUCGCUACCCGACCGCCGAGGAAGUCUUCCGGGGCAGCAAUUCUCAUCUAAGCCGACGGUCAUCAGCAACUGCAGGAACAAUAAAGAAUACUCUAGGAAAUAGACCAAUGUUCAUCACGGGCCCGGUCGCCGAGAAAGAUGAAGACGAUUCCAACAGCAAUAUUGACAACACUGAGCCACUCAUCAGCGCACCUAUCAAAGUUGUACAAAGAGAAGUUAGGCCUCGCCAUUCACACGCCGAUCUCGUCGCUAGGCCUCUAUACAGAGACGACAUUUUCUUUAGCGGCAGUUUGGUCAGACUACCCCAGUACACGUCACGGAAUUCUCUCGGUUACCACAUGGCAGUGACUCACGUACCAACUAAGGAAGAUGCUCAAGAAGAAGAGUCAGGAAAAUGCCGUCUGUGCCCAGAAGCAGUGAAGCGAACCCUCGCUACCAUGUUGGACGUAAGCUUAUUCCGAUCACCGACAUUCGUGAUUCUUGCUCUGUCAGGUUUCUUCACGAUGCUGGGUUUCUUUGUGCCUUACAUGUAUGUCAAACAAAGAGCGAUGGAAAAAGGAGGCAUUGAUGCGACCACUAGCACUUUGUUGGUGUCGACAAUCGGUGUGGCGAAUAUCGUGGGCCGUAUGACGUGUGGUCUUGUGUCAUCGAUGCCCAAAGUAUCUCCGCUGUGGCUGAACAAUAUUGCGCUGACGGCUGGAGGAAUAGCGACUAUGUUCAGUGGCUACUGCUUCCAUGUCGGGUUCCAGUUUGCAUACUGCGCUUUGUUUGGACUUGCUGUUGCUUGUUUCGCAUCGCUUCGGUCGAUCUUGGUGGUAGAAUAUAUCGGACUAGAGCAGCUCACCAACUGCUUCGGGCUCUUCCUACUCUUCCAAGGAUUCGGCGCCCUAUUAGGAGCUCCAAUUGCGGGAGCUGUUAAGGACAUGACGGGAGACUUCAUCGUCCCAUUCUACGUGGCUGGCGGGUUCCUGCUGUUCUCAGCCCUGAUGUGCUACCCUAUCGACUACAUCAGCCGGUGGGAGAAGUCGCGCUCCAAGCUCGCCACGCCGCCCCCCAAAGUCUGAUCCCUCCCGGACCACGCGGGACCAUGAUACACCGGACUUAUCCCGGUUCAAUAAAGACAAGGUGCCAAAACCCCGGUCGAAUAGUGUGCGUUACACCCUGCGGAUGAAUCUCAGGCGACCACGUGACUAUGAAAUGUACAAAUUAAACCGUUCAGAUAUAUCGGACGAUACCUCGAAUACGAAAUUCAUAAGUAGAAACAUUCCCAGUAGAAUUGGACAAUGCUAGAGAUUGCUUUGCAACGGCUCAGUUAAGUCAGAUCUUGCAUUUAAAUAUAGAAUUAGAUUUUAGAAAGUACAAAGACUCGAAAUAUUUAUCGUAGUGACAGUUUUGUCAGUGUCCAGUUGUUAGUGGAUAUGGUCGGAAGCCAAAACGUACUUUAUUGUUAAGAAUAGAUUUGUACUUACCGAGUGAAAACACUAGGGGUCUCCAAGAGGCUCCUCCUAAUCCGUCUUCCAUAAAAUCUAAGUAAAAUUUUGAAAUUAUCUACAAUACGAAGGUAGCAGGUAUUUGCUAUAAACUAUUUUAUACAUCAACUAAUUUUUGGAUCCUUCUUGAUAUACAAAUUGCAUGCACCCUAGUGUAACAAACUUACAAGUAGGUACUGAGUACAUAUUUUAAGACUUUUACACCUAACAACGUAAUAAUAAUUGCAUAUCAUUAUGCAGAGUGAUUUUAUAUUAUUUAAAGGUUUGCUAGUUGUAAUGUUCGUGCCUUAUUGAAUGAGUGGUACUUAUUAUAGAUUAUACUGUAUACUAUUUUAUAUACAAUACAUGCCCUCUUUGGGAUGGAAAGUUCCAAAUGCCGUUUGUAUACUAUGCUUACAAGGCCUUUUAUACUUUUUUAUGUGUUUAACAUAAACUAUAAUUAUUUAACUUAGAAUAAGAAUUACUGCUGUGGCUGUGGUAUAUUAGCGUAUUCUAGAGCUUGUAAAUAAGAAAUCAUAGUCAUCGGGUAUUCUUUUGUACUUUGGAUUGUUAAAAUCGCCCUGUCCUAUGUCAACCGGCGUACUCAUAUCAAAAUCGUCACAUACACUCAAAUUUGGCGAUGUUGAUAAAGGUACCUUGUGGAAAAAGAUUUCUACUGGUAACAAUAUUUCCGCUCUUGUAUAUUUACUCACUUAAAAUUAUACCGCCAAAAAAAUAGUGAAUAACGUGCCCUUUUUGCUUAAAUAAUUUGAAAGGGAAGGGGUAGUUUGUCCAGAGUUACUGCGAUUCUGCGCUGUACUGGACUACUACGGUUCGAUUAACUGACAGCAGUAUAAGUACUUACAAAUUUUAAACGCAAAUACCUAAUUAGAACCGAAUACGAUAUGUAGUCCUGUCAGGUUGAUGACGUUUCUUCAAACAAAAACGUCAGUAAACACAGAUCCUCAUUUUGGACGUUUAUUUAAGUAAGAAAACGCCUGUGACUGUGUACUAACUCUAGUACAUUACAGCGCGGUAUAAUGCAAAAUGAAAAUGGUUUUAUUUAUUUCAAUCAUAACAUACAUAUAAUUACGAGAUAUUUGUGCAAUCAUACCAUUUAUGAAAUCACUGCCAAUAUAUUUUUUGUGUUAGUUUAAGAUGCUGGUCAUUGCAAAAAUAUUAAAAAAUAUUUACAUCAAUCUAAAUAUGAAUGGAAGUCGUUUUUAUUACUUGUUGAUAUAGAUAUUGGAAUGGUUGUAUGUAUAUAUGUACUGCCUUAUUUUAUUUAUUUCAUAAGUUGUUUUGUUUAUGACUAUGAUUUUUUGUGUGUAUUGAGUGUGGAUACCACAGUGCCAUAUUAAAAUGUUAUGUUAAUUGCUUGCUAUAUUCCUUUAC